AUGGUUGGUGACGAGCUGGAUGAGGCCACACGCGAGCGCAUGCAGCAGCGUGCGGAGCUGCUCAACCGCGAGAUGACUCGCCUGCUGCAGGAGCUGGAGCAGAGGAGCCAGGAGCCGCGCAGCAUUGCCUGGGGAGGCCAGCUCUUGGCUGCCUUGCAGCAGUGGCAGUUCUGGCUGAUUGCCGGAGUCCUUGUCCUGCUCCUCGGGCUCUGCUGGUGGCUCAGGAAAAGAAGCUAUGAGGUGGACAGCAGCAGCGAUGAGGAGAGCUCCAGCAACAACGAGGAGGAAGCAGAAGAAGCAGAAGACAAUGAUGAUGCAAAUGACGUGGGAAGGUUUUUUGAGGAGCACAUACAUGGGCCAAUUCAGAACCUGGCCAAAGACUGCGAGGUUGUGAAGGACUUGGUGGGCAACCUCGUCCGUGUCUUCCAAGUGCUCUUAUCAAAUACUUUCUUCCCGGUGCUGCAACCAGCCAUUGGCGUGGGCAGUGCCUUCGAAGGUUGGAGUCCCUGUCAGGAUGACAUUGUCUACUGCCUGCUCGUGCCCCUGCAGCCCCCCCAUGGGCAUGCCUUCCACCUGGAGCCGAGCAACACGGGGGAGAUGCCGGCGAGGAACUUCCGCAUCCGCGUGGAGCUGGAGUGCACCUGCACGAGGGAGCAGCUGGUGGAGAACCUGCUGUGCUUCCUUCACCACCCCGAGGAGGAGGGUCCCAGCCUCCUAAGCACCCUCUGCACCGACUCCUACCUAGAUGUGCGGAAAAUUGCCCGCUGGUUCCAUCUUCUGGUAAAAGCUGCCUGGGCGGUUUUGCCUCAGUCGUCCAAAUACCAUCUAAAGAUGCUGCCCGUCAGCCGCUCCUGCAAAUUCCAAGUGAGAAAUGGUGACAACGAAAGCUUCUGCAUUGAGAUCAUGUUUGGGGUGCAGCAAGGCGACUCGGACAUCUUCCUGAGCAGCCAGACUGCAGAGGCCAUCCUCACCCCAAGCACAAUGUGGCCAGAGAGCUAUGCUGUGGCAGAGGUGAAGUUCUUCAGGCAUAUGGCCAGGCAGGCCCCCCAUGACAGCUUCCACCUCAAAUGCCUGCAGCUGUGUGCCCACAUCCUGGUGGGCACAGGCUUUUCCACCUAUACCCUGAAGACAGCUGUGAUGCACCUCCUGACCACCACACCCCUGUCAGGCUGGCGCAGCAGGGAUUUCCUGCUGCGGCUGCAGGAUAUCAUGCGCUACCUGCGCUGCUGCCUGCAGGGUAAAUGCCUCGACCACUUCUUCUUUGGCAAUGAGAACAUGCCUGAUGACAUCAUCUUGCCCCCAGCUUUCCAGACAGCCGAGCCACCCAACCUCUUCCAGCGCCUGGCACAGGGACCGUGCCGCCAUGCCGAGGCACUGCGUGAGUUCGAUGAGCUGCAAGAUCGGCUCCUAACACUGCUGUUCUGCGGGCACUGA